GUAUUAGGCAAUCGGAAGCUUUUACAUCGAAAGGCAAGAAAGUGCGUGACGUCACUCCCCGAUUGACAGUCCGCUCGUCGUCAUGGAGGAAGUAAGAGUUUUUCCGCUGACAUGUGCAGUACAGAACUACGCGUGGGGAAAGGUAGGGUUGGACAGCGAAGUGGCCAAACUAGUGGUUGGAGGAGACCCACUGGCCGUCAUCGAAGAGGGCAAACCUUAUGCAGAGCUGUGGAUGGGCGCCCACCCGAAGGGCGACGCUCAGAUUAAAGACAACAGGAUUGCGCAGACCACUCUGGGCCAGUGGAUCGCCCACUUCCCAGCAUGCCUUGGCUCCAAGGUCAAGGACACCUUUCAGGGGAAGCUGCCCUUCCUUUUUAAAGUCCUGUCCGUUAACACUGCCUUGUCCAUCCAGGCUCACCCCAACAGAGAAUUAGCUGCUCGUCUCCACGCUCAGUUUCCAGAGCACUACCCAGACAACAACCACAAGCCGGAGAUGGCCAUCGCUCUCACACACUUUCAGGGUCUCUGUGGCUUCAGGCCAGUGGAGGAGAUCCUGGGAUUCCUCAAGUCCGUACCGGAGUUUCGCGCUUUGGUGGGCAACGAAGCGGCCGAGGAGCUGCGGUCUGCCGCGGGCGACGCCGGACGCACCAGGCAGGCGCUAAAGAAGUGCUUCACCAGGAUGAUGAACUGUGAGAAGAAAGUGUUUGUGGAUCAACUCAACAUGCUGGUCAAGAGAGUCACGGAAGAAGGCGCGGCAGGCAAGGACACGGAGAGCAGCAACGGCGAGCUAUUGCUCCGCCUCCAUUCCCAGUACCCUGGCGACAUCGGCUGCUUCUCCAUCUACUUCCUCAAUCACAUGCGCUUGGAUCCCAAUCAGGCCAUGUUCCUUGGAGCUAAUGAACCUCACGCUUACCUGUACGGAGAUUGCAUCGAGUGUAUGGCGUGCUCCGACAACACAGUGAGAGCCGGACUGACCCCGAAGUACAUCGACGUCAACACCCUCUGUGAAAUGCUCAACUACAGCCCUGCCCCUUCCGCCGCCAAGCUUUUCCCACCCGUUCAAGACUCCUCAGACCCUUGCGUCACUGUCUACGACCCUCCUGUGCCGGACUUCACCGUCAUGAGGAUACAGGUCCCGGCUUCAGUCAAGCAGUACACCGUGACGGCCGUGGACAGCGCCAGUAUCCUGCUGGUCAUCGAAGGUGAAGCCGUCGCCACGUCGGUCGCCGCGCUGUCUGACGUCAGCCUGAGGCGGGGCAACGUUUUGUUCGUGUCGGCUAAUGAGAGCUUGUUACUGCACAUCGCCUCUCCGGGGGGUGUGAUCAUGUUUCGGGCUUGCUGCUUAUUGUAAAUGUGAGCUGAACGAGGGUAAUACCGAUCGUGUGAUUUAAGACUCGCUACGUUAACUCAUUCACUGCCAUUGACGGAAUAGAUGUAUCCAAGUGAAGUGCAACUGCGAUGAAACAUCAAAAAGACAUCAAGCGGGUGCUGAGUCAAUGGCAGCUAAUUCAAAUGGGAGGUUAAUGAUAAGAGUUGUCCGAUAAUAUUGGCCGAUAAAACCAUUCAAAAUCAUUUCGGAAAAUGUUGAUUUUGCGCCAGUAUGUAUGUUAUAAGUUAAUUGUACAAGCCUGCAGCCUUUGUGCAUGGGCUAGUCACAGCUGUGCUUGGAGUAACCUCUAAAUGUUAUUUGUUAACUUAGGGAAAGACCCUAAUCACUCAUGGUGCACAAAUAAACUGAACAAUAAAUGAAAAACGAUGAAUUAUAAACAUAUCACAUAUAUACACCAGAAAGAAAUAGCCACUAAUAAAAGUAAUAAAACACAUAACUAAAAAUCUGUGCAAAUGCCCAGCAAAACACAUAUUGGGAGUUGUCAUUGCAUUGGCAUGUCCAAUGAUUGCCUUACUGUAUUCGUCAUGUUUUGGUCGCCCCCUAGUGACCCUUUGGGGUAACUAGUAUAAACGUGAUUUUUUUUCUUUGGGGUGUUAUUCCUUUUAUUUAAUUAAGAACAUUUUGGCUCUUUAAAUUUAUUUUAUAUAUAUGUGACAUUAUUUUAGCACUUUUUCUAUCGCUUCAGUUGAAGUUCUGUUUAUUUUUCACAGAAUGUUUAUUUUAUUGGGAAAACCUUAAAAUUGUUACCUCUAUCACCAUUAAAGCAUCCAGUGGGGCAUCACAAUACAAUUAGCAGUAAUUUGUUAAGUCCACGGCCGCAUAUAUCGGUAUCGGAUUUUGGAGUUGGACAACAUCAGGGUAUCGGUUAUUGGCUAAAAAGUAAUUACUGGACAACUCUUAAUGAUCGUUUUGGAUUUAAAUAUUUUGGACGUCCUUCGCCGUCAAUGGCAGCCAAUGAGUUGAGUGGUGCGAAUACAGCAUUUUUUGUCACUUGCACACUAGUUCAGUCACAUUAACCUUACAACUAGUGUUGCACCGAUACCAAUGCAAGUACUGAUACGUCACUAAAAUGACGUCAUCGGUAACGGGGAGUACUAAGAAAUAAUGAGUUGAUGCUGUGCAACAUGUAUUUUUUGAGAUCUACUUUCCAACCGGGUGAUUCUCAUGAAAAGCGAUGCAAUACAGUAAUGAAGGACACUUAUCAAAGCUAGCUUGAAAUGCUCUGGUGACUCAGUGUUUUUUGUUUUUUUUUUAUCAACAGUUUGAGCUCCUGAGUACCUGGACGCCAGGAAUGUAUGUAUGUUUAAAAAAAAAAAAAAAAAAAAAGUCCAAGAGUGCUCACCACGCUAAAUGCUAAUGCGGUGCUAACGCUAUGAGUUACAUUUAGUGUGUGAUGAACACUAGGUACAGACCUUUAAAGGCUAAAGCAACAUUGCAUAUUCUCCCUUGCAAAGAUAAGAAAACAAAUCUUACCGUGUGUUUCGAAACAAGAGAGCCGGGAGCGCAGCCUAGCUUGAAGUAGUCUCCCAAGAAACAUUUCUAGCUCGUCAUCAAUGUGAAAAAAAUUGUACGUCAGCGAAAUAUUUUUGUUAUCGUCAUCGUUGAUGAAAACAAAAAAAUGGUAUCGGUGCAACACUAUGUAGAACUAACAUUAAAUAUGGGGGGGAAAAAACACUUUAUCAUGGUGGAUAAAAAGUAUUGGGUAGCACGUGAUGGUGAGAGGAUGUUUCAUCUAAUUCACAUCUUUUCACCAGUCAUCUAUCACGCAGCGGUUAAAAGCACAGUACAACGUCUUCUGGACCUCUAGAUUUUUAUGUCAAAACAGGGUUAAACAUUUCUUUAAAACUAUGAAAACCUUUGAUGCUAUAUUGAUGUUUGCUACAUGUUUAGGAAAACGCGUUUGUUACGGAAGCAAAACUUGGGUACACUGGAAAGCUCUCAAAAAUGGAAACUUCUAGAUUUAGGUUUAAAAUGCUGAAAUAUCCACACCAGUAUUGUAUGGGUUAUUUUAAAAGAAACAUGGAAUCGUUAAUGUUGCAAUAAAAGGCUGUUUACGCUUAUUCAAAAUGCAAAAAAUUUUAUACUGGCACAAAAUUAGGAAUUUCCCAACCGAUUCAUCGUUUGAAGACAGUUUACCUUUAAGAUGUCCAAAACAUCGUUUUUAGGCCUCGAAACACAAAAAAAUAUUCUGAUUUUGUAGUCCUCAACAAAGGCAGAUACCGUAUUUUUCGGACUAUAAGUCACAGUUUUUUUUCAUAGUUUGGCCGAGGGUGUGACUUAUACUCUGGAGCAACUUAUGUAUUAAAAUAUUGUCAUAUCACGUUAUUUUCACACUAAACUGUAGAGGGUGCACAAGGCCUGUGUUUCAACAUUGAGGGUAACUUAUAAAAACAACUGAGACGGGUUGAACAAAAUGGCACUGAAAAGAAAAUCCUAUUUUGCCGAUUACAAGCUGCAAGUAGUGAAAUAUGCAGCCGAAAACGGUACGUUCGCAGUUCGUUGUGUAUGCGUCAUGUAACAUUAGCAUACUGUACACUUAUUCAGCCUGUUGUUCUAUAAUCUUUUCACUUUAAAUUGCCUUUCAAGAUGACGUGUCUGUUCUUGGUGUUUGAUUUUAGCAAAUAAAUUUCCCCCAAAAAUGUGACUUAUACUCGGGUUCAACUUACCAUCUGAAAAAUACGGUAAUUACAUAGUAACAUUCUUUUCAUAGUCCAAAUUUUGCCAGCGCAGUUUUUGUUUUCAAUGCACAUUUCCAGCUAAAAUCUUUAGCGCAGAUUCAUAUAACAGUAAUUGGUGUGAUUUAUACAUUAGCCGAUUAGCUGACCCAUCGAAAAAAAUAAUUGGUGAUUCUUCAACUAUCAAAAUAAUCGUUUUUGGCAGCCUUUGUCAAAAAAUUUCAAACAAAAAAAUAGCGAAUGAUUAAAGGGACUAUGCAGGAUAUUUAGAGUUUAUCUAAAAAUAAUACUUCUCUACUCCAUGCAUACUCCAUGAUUGCCCUGACGAGUGCGUACAUAGAGCCCUGACAUUUUAAAUGAGGCUGCCCUACAAGCCCUUUUUCUUACUUUCAAAAGACAGGGUUUGAGUUGACCACUCCAUGCACAUCCAUGCACCUUUCUGUGGCAGCAGUGCUAGCUCCACUGGGCAAAAACACUUUACUAACCCACUUAAGACUUGCUACUAACAGUAAACAAUCAUAUUGGCUGUUUUUACAUUUCUGGUGCUGAUCUGAUGGGCCAAACGCUCAUUGCUUUACGUUCGUGGUCAUGCAACCGUACGCGAGCUUAGCACGGGAUGCAGUUACGCUUUAAGCCAGAGGUGGCAGUCACGAUGAAAAAAGUGACAAACUCUUAUAAUAUAGUUUGACAUUUUCAUUGGCCCCAAAUACGAAAAUUUGUAUUGGGAAGAUAGAGAAUGUCCAAAAAUACUAUGGCAAAAUGCAGUUUAAUGCAGAAUGUUUGCGAAAUGGAGGCAUCAUGUUGAAAUGUUAUUAAUACAGAUGAUUAACGCGGCAUCAUGGUGAAACGGGUGCAUGCCGAAUAUGGAAAUAUUUAUUGCAGCAAUGCGAAAACGUGAAAAUUCUAAUAGUUUUUGUACAUGCUGUGAACUAGCAAUUGUGCUGUGUACAUGUCCACUUGGAUCAUAUGAGCUUGUUAGUCCAUAAGGAAUUGAUGAGUUGCCUGAUGCAUGUGUACAUUUGGAUGACUGUGCUGAGAAUUGACUACUGCUUGUUACCCAACUACUUCCUGUUCAACUGUACAGUGGAAUCUCCAAAGUGAAAGACCAACUAAUGUUAACUUUGAAGUUGUAUUUUCAAAACUAUUAACACUAGAAGUCCCAGAGUUUCUGGUACUCCUAAUAGUCCCAUUUAUUUAUUUACAUUUAUUCAUGGAGUUUUGCAAUUUUUACACAUUUUUUAAACUCACUUCUACACAACACACAAAAACAGAAACAAAUGGCCCAAAUGUGGACAUUUUUUUAGAAAUAUAGCGUUUUAGAACUGCAAUUUGACUGUAAAGCAGGAAUUGUGUCUAUAGUUUAGAAGGACUGAAUCAUGGGCAUGGAGCAUGAAUUGUGGUCAUUUUGUCUGAAGGUAGUAAAAGAAAAUGUGAAAACUUUGAGAAAAAGGGGGAUAUAUUAGGAGUAUUUGUCUUGGGAAAGGCAGAGUCAGCCUCUACUGGGUUUUCUAGUGUUAAUGAAUUAUAAGAUUCUAACUAACAAUGGAAUCUAUCAUUUUAAAAAGGAGUGUUACAAGGAUUAUUUUUUUCCCAUACUUUGUGGCAUUUAGUUGGGAAAGAAAAAUCGCAACAUCCAAUUCAAGCGAACUACCAACAGCGAUAAAAUUGUCUACAUUGUAACAACGGUAUCAUGAUCAGAGGUGGGUAGUAAUGAGCUACAUUUAGUCAGUUACAUUUACUUGAGUAACAUUUUGAGAAACAUGCACUUCUGAGAGUAGUUUUACCACGCCAUGCUUUUACUUUGAGUAUAUAUUUGAAAUAAAACCCACAGUGGCUCUCCGGGUUUCACCAAUGAGACUUGGCGACAAUGAUCACAUGACUCUAUUAUAUCAAUCAGACGUAACAAGACAGUCACAUGACCACACACACAAGCUUGCAGUCAGAAGUUCUAUCAUUACGCCGGCGUGUUUGAUCAUUGGGCGCCUUUAAAUAGGGUUGGGCAUCAAGCAUCGAUUGGAACCGGUUCUAUCACUCCGAUGCUCCUGGAAUCGUUCGAGUUUUUAAAUUUCGAUGCCAUGUUUUGAUGCCCUGCCCGCCGAGCGGAAAAAAAUUGCUCAAGUUCAAAGACUGAUGUAUAUAUACAAGUUAAAAUUAGCCCUGUGAGAAGUUCAUAUAAUUUAAAAAUAAUAUACAGUUGUGGUCAAAAGUUUACAUACACUUGUGAAGAACAUAAUGU